CUGGAGCAACCUUUGCCAAUCUGGGACUCUCCAGAUGUUUCUGGCUGCAUAUCCCAUCACCGUGGGAGCCCUAGGUUGGUAAAAGCUAUUACAGAGGGGUUUGAAACAUGGAAGGCUUUCUGCACUUGCUCAGAGACCCCCCCCCUUUUUUUGUGCUUUCUUCCCUUUUUCUAUUUCCAAUCAAACUGACCCAGAUAGCUCAGUUGGUAAGAGCAUGAGACUCUUAACUUCAGGGGUGUGAGUUCGAGCCUCACAUUGGGCAAAAAGAUUCCUGCAUGGCAGGGGGUUGGACUAGAUGACCCCAGGGGUCCCUUCCAACUUCUAACCAUUUUAUGAUUCUGUGAAAUCUGCUGCUGCUGCUCCUUGGCAUUUUGCAAAGCCAGCCGCCUCUUCCGUGGUAGGAGCCCUGCGGUGAGCUCAGCCUUCUCAAGAUUUCAGCCCAUGAAGUAAGAGUUUGUUGUUGAGAGCCAGGUGCCCACCCUCCUUCCCGGUGCCGCUUGCCCAAGCCUCGCCCCGGAGCUGGAUCUCAGCCAAGACGUCUUCAGGCAGCUGAGAUGAGCGCAGCCGAGAGAGAAACCGAGUGCAAUAGGGGAGGCAAAGGAGCACGCCGUGGAGUUGCCGGAGAGAGGAGAGGGAUAUGAUGUGGCGCACAGCACUUUCUCCCUCCCCGUUUUUUAUCCUACAACAACGCUGUGAGGUAGACUUAAGGAUGACUCGGAACCCGAUCUACGACUACCCCGAGCCUUAUGCCAACCCACGUCACGGGACGGUGGCCUCCCCCCGGAGCAUCAGCCUCGUGGGACGACUGCGCCUCACUCAGCCAGUUUGGCUCCAGCUGGGGAUCAACUCGGCCGCUGCACUUCACAUCCUUCAGCGUGAACCUCCCGGGACAUUUUUAGUGCGGAGAUCAAAUACGCGACAAUGUCAAGUCCUGUGUUUACGCCUCCCCGACAAUUCAUCGCCGGCUUUUGUGACGACCCAUUGCUUAUGCCAGGAGCGUGCAGUCAUCUUCCUAGAGGGCUCGGAUUUGACCUUCCCCAGCCUCCUGCACCUCAUUGCUUCCUACUGCAUAACCCCGGACAUCCUCCCUCUCUCUCUGCGCCUUCCUCUGCUCAUCUGGGAGGCCUCAUCCUGCCAGCAGCUGGAGGCCAUCGCUCACUUGGGGCUUGCAGCAGAAACUUCGCCUCGUCUGAGGAUGCAGAAGUUCUGGGAAGAACAUUCGCAAAACUCCUCAGUGCAGGAAAUGAUGCUGGAUUCGGGGGCCCAGCAACUCACACAGGAAGACACCCCAGAGAUCAUUGCCCUCUUGCCUUGCCUGAAAGGACAGGACGUGUUGGAACUGGGAGCAGGCAUAGGCCGGUUCACAGCAGCUCUUGCGAAGCUGGCGCACCAUGUCACAGCUGUGGAUUUCAUGGAGAGCUUCGUGGCGCACAACCGGCAAGAGAACGGACACCAGCCAAACGUGGAUUUCCUACAGGCCGACGUUACCAGCCUACAGUUGCCAAGCCAGAGCUUCGACCUCAUAUUCUCCAACUGGCUUUUCAUGUACCUGUCGGAUACCGAAGUGAGUGACGUGGCCCAGAAGAUGCUUCUCUGGCUGCGUCCAGGAGGGCAACUUUUCUUCCGGGAAUCCUGCUUCUACCAGUCUGGAGACCAGCCAAGGGCCUUCAACCCCACUCUUUAUCGAACACCUGCAGAAUACAAUCACCUCUUCACUUCAGCCCAUCAGACGUGUGGGGACGAGCUCCACGGAUUUGAGAUAGUCAUGUCCCGAUCGGUGCAAACUUACAUCAAGAGGAAGCAAAACCGCAACCAGGUGUGCUGGCUUCUCCAGAAAGUCCCCCGAAACCCCGAGGCCACCUGGGGAUACGACACCUUCCAGAAGUUUCUAGACAGCGAGCAGUAUGCCACCCGCAACAUCCGUCGCUACGAGUGGGUCUUUGGGCCUGGGUUUGUCAGCACCGGAGGCCUCACAACCACCAAGGAGCUGGUAUGUAUGCUGGAUUUGAAACAGGGCCAACGAGUGCUGGAUGUUGGCUGCGGACUCGGCGGGAGUGACUUCUACAUGGCUAAGGAGUUUGGCGUGGAAGUCCUGGGCAUGGAUCUUUCCCACAACAUGGUGGAGUUGGCUUUGGAACGAGCGCAAAAGGAGACUGGAUCCUUGGUGCAGUUUGAAAUUGGCAAUGCCACGCGAAGGACGUUCCCAAAGAACACCUUUGAUGUCAUCUACAGCCGGGACACUGUCCUGCAUGUGCCAGGCAAGAGUGCUCUCUUUGCAAAGUUCUUGUCGUGGCUGAAGCCAGGCGGGCAGCUUCUCAUCUCUGAUUAUUGCUGUGGGCCUCGCCCCUGGUCGAAAGCUUUCACGGAGUACGUCAGACGGAGGGGCUACAGCCUUCUCACGCCCUGGGAAUAUGGCCAGGUGCUGCAGGAGGCUGGAUUCAGGCAGGUCCAGGCGUUGGACUAUACAGAGCGGAUGCUGUCAGCCUUGACUCAAGAGCUGCAAGAGCUGGAAAGAAGUCGGCAGCAAUUUGUCCAGGAAUUCUCAGAGAGCGAGUUUGAGUCCUUGGCCUCUGGAUGGAGGGAGAAGCUGCAGCGCUGUGCGGAUGGGGACCAGCGCUGGGGGGUCUUCUAUGCUCUGAAGCCGCAGUAGCUGCUGCCCCACCCCAAACAGCCUGGGGCGGUGAACUCCUGUCCAGCUCCAGGAGCUUUUUGGCCCAGCAAGCUUUUCAUAGCAUUUGCUUGUGUUUUCUUCCUACUGCUGCUUGGUCAGCUUUCAAGUCUGGAUCCACUGCAAGAGUUUGUAGGAAACUUCACCUUCCAAUCUGGAUUUUUGCUGGCCUUUCAGUCAGAUUACUUGGCUUUGCACUAUUCCAGGUCUGGCUGCAAGUGUGGAAGGAUUUCUUUCUCUCUCUCUCUCUCUCUCUCUCUCUCUCUCUCUCUCUCCUUCUUCCCUCCUUCUUUCCUUUCUUUCCCUCUUACUGGAAUGAUCCCCUCCUCUCCCUCCACAUCUCUGUUCCAUCUGUUUCGGUUAUUAAAAACUUACUACAUUUUCUUUA